UCAGAUUAAUUCGAGAGUCACGGGACACUGAUUCUCAGUGAACUGUGCAGACCGUAGACUGGUAAUUGGACAAAGAAUUGGUUUUCAAGAUCUAGGGUUUCAUAAAUUUCUACAGAUUUGAUUCCCAAUUGUCCAUGGCCAAUGCCUGGAGAAGAACCCACCCCACUAAAAUUCUGACCCCAAAGACCCUUCUCCUCUUCGUCUCCACCUCCUUCCUCCUCCUCUUCUUCUUCUACCUCUCCACCCAAAACCCUAACUCCCCCAAAAUUCCCCAAACCAAAUUCCGCAGACCUUCAAUCUCUACCCGCCCCAUCAAUCCUUUCAAUUGCCGCAAUGCCCCACAAGCCCACCCCGUUUUCGCCAACACCGUUGAGGGUCUCAAUUUCCCUUUCAUGUAUUCUCUAUCGGACUUCGGGAAUCUCCCGGAGAAGCCCCAUAAGAACAUCGUCAGGACGCUUAAGGGGAAGGCGUUCCGCCGGCCGGACAUAUCCGCCACAGUGCAGGAAUUGUUGGGGAAGAUGAGAUCGGAAAAUAGGAGUGGGGUUUUUGUCGAUAUUGGGGCUAAUGUAGGAAUGGCUAGCUUUGCUGCAGCUGUGAUGGGAUUCAAGGUGUUGGCAUUUGAGCCUGUUUUUGAGAAUUUACAGAGGAUCUGUGAUGGGAUUUACUUUAAUAGGGUUGAGGAGUUCGUGGAGGUGUUCGAGGCUGCAGCCUCUGAUGCCACUGGGAACAUCACAUUCCAUAAGUUGGUUGGUCGACUUGACAACAGCGCAGUCUCGGCCACUGGCGCCAAAUUGGCAUUCAAAUCCAAUGAAGAGAUUGCGCUUCAGGUCAAGUCCAUUCCUCUCGAUGAAGUAAUCGGAGAGUCAGAGCCGGUGCUUAUGAUUAAAAUAGAUGUCCAGGGGUGGGAGCAUCAUGUUCUAAAGGGGGCAUCAAAAUUAUUGUCGAGAGAGAAAAGCGAAGCGCCAUACCUAAUAUACGAAGAAGACGAGCGCUUGUUAGCCGCAAGCAACAGCAGUUCCCAAGAGAUACGCUCCUUUCUUCGUGGUUUGGGUUACAAGCAGUGCGUGCAGCACGGCACAGACGCGCACUGCACCAAAACGGAUUGAAAUUAUCGACUCGUUCAGACAACAUUUUCCACAGAAACUAACAUUCUUAAUUUACCCGGCGAUGCAUUCUCCUGAUUGUUUUUCGAGCACAGGGAGGGGGAUCAACUUCUUGCAGCAAUCUGGAUAGAUUGUAUGGGCGAACAAAUGUCGUGAUUCUUGUUAUCCAAUGCUGUAAGUUCCAGUCUUGAUCUCCCAAUGUUGAUUUUUUCGAUCGAUAUUCAUAUAUAUAUAUAUAGGCAAUAAUUUUUUUGAUUUCGUGCAAUACUUAGGAUGAAGUUUGGUUUUCUACCUACAUACACAAGACUUUAACCAUUCUUUGGCAAAUUAGUUUAUCUGUAACCUUUUGACCUUUGUGAAGUAUUGAAUAUCAAAGAAAGCCUUUUGAGGUGAAUGCAAUAAUUAAUUAAUACAGUUUUUCCUAAACAUAAAUUGAGAAAGGGUAAAAGAUGUGAAACAAAUCUCAAGGGGUAUAUGACUCUGCUUUAGAGGAUUACAUGUGACUAUUUACCAUUACUUCACGUAUAUUCCAACAUCUAUACAAGAAAACAUAAAUAUUUGGACAACAAUAUCGACUAUUCGAUUCAACUAUUUUGGUCCGCUAGUUUUUGAAGCACCACAUCUUUCCACCAUAACAUCGUAAAGUUGUUUACCAUU